AUGUCUUCAAAACCUUUUCAACCUAUCUCUGACGUGAUUAACACAUCAUCCACAAAUAAAACACAAUCGUUUAAUGAAAUUUACGGGGAGCCGGAAAAUUUUCUUGAGGUUGAAGUUAAAAAUCCAAUAACUCAUGGAUUCGGUGCAAAUUUAUAUACAGAUUAUGAAAUAAUAUGUCGAACUAAUAUACCUGCUUUCAAAAAAAAAUUCAGUAAAAUAAGAAGAAGAUAUAGUGACUUUGUUGCAUUUAAGAAAAUUUUAGAAAAUGAAACUUCAAGAGUUAUAAUACCUCCAUUACCUGGUAAAAUUUUCCUUCAAUCAAAUAAAUUUAGUGAAGAAAAUAUUGAAAAGAGAAGGCAAGGGCUAGAAAAAUUUUUAAUUAUUGUUAGUGGUCACCCUUUAUUACAAACUGGUUCGAAAUCAUUAAUUGAAUUUAUACAAAAUGAUAAAUGGGAUCCAACACAAUUGUUAUAUUAG